AUGGGUGUUACCAAGACAAUUCUUCGAAACGGCAACGGCGUCGACCGGCCUAUCAAAGGGGAUGAAGUGAUAAUCGACUACCGUGGCUGUCUCUACGACCCCAGCCGAUCGACACAAUAUAACAUGGGCAAACAGUUCGAUUCGUCACAAGAUCGAGGAGAGUUCAAGACUCCAAUCGGUAUCGGCAAGGUCAUUCGAGGAUGGGACGAAGGCGUGAUGAACAUGACAGUUGGCGAGAAGUGCAUAUUGACCAUUAGCGGGGACUAUGCAUACGGCGACCGUGGCUUCCCCGGACUAAUACCACCGAACUCUACUCUCGUCUUGUAA